UCCUAGGGAAGCGUUGCCCCGCACGGGAGGAGCAGUGACUCCGGCGCUGUCCCGGCGGCAGGACGGUCCCUGCCUGCCCGCCCUGGAGCUGUCCGGGGCGAUCCCUGCCUGCCCGCCCGCCUGUGGGGGCCCGGCGUUUAAAUGGGAACCGCGUUCCUGCCCUCUCGUGCCUCAGCUUUUCAGACGCUGUAGCGUUUCCUUGGGGUUGGCUGAAGUGUAGGGUGGUUUUUUCCAUCUCUUUACGCGGUAGCUCUUUGCUACAAGACGCUGAUUUGUCUGAAAUGAGCGAACACGCUGUCUGUCCGUCCGCAGGAGGGAUGUCCCGGGCGCUGGCGAAGGAGGUCCCGCAGGAGGAGGGCGAGGGCGGCUCCCGCAGGAGCAGCUGGGGGCUGCUGGCCGCGGCCGGUCUGGGAGGGACCCUGGUGGCCCUCUAUGCUGUAGCCACCCCCUUCGUGACCCCGGCCCUGAGGAAGGUGUGCCUGCCCUUCGUUCCUGCCACCGCCGCUCAGAUCCAGAACGUGCUGAAGAUGUUGGAAAACAGAAGUGGCUCCCUAGUUGACAUUGGUAGCGGAGAUGGCCGUAUUGUGAUAGCAGCUGCAAAAAAGGGAUUCCAGGCUGUUGGUUAUGAAUUGAAUCCCUGGCUAGUCUGGUACUCCAGAUAUCGUGCCUGGAGAGAUGGAGUACAUCAGAACACCAAAUUUCAUAUUUCAGACUUAUGGAAGGUUUCUUUUUCCCAUUAUAGAAAUGUUGUUGUUUUUGGAGUACCUCAAAUGAUGCCACAGCUGGAGAAGAAGCUAGAAGAAGAACUUAAGUGUAAUGCCAGAAUCAUUGCCUGUCGCUUCCCUUUCCCUUGCUGGAUUCCAGAUCAUACUACUGGAGAGGGAAUAGACACUGUGUGGGUCUACGAUUUGAAAAGUUCUAGAGGAUGUGAAACAAAAAGCUUGGAAAUUACACCAGAGACACAAUCAUAAACAUCAAAUUUGUUCUCUUACAGAAGUUUUCAGCUUUGACUGGACUUGUUGAAGAUAACAUUAAUGUGGAGAGAGCCCUGGCAUAUAAAGAUGUGUAUUCACUAUAAGAACUGAAGUACAGUGGCUGUCUGAAAGCACACAAAGGUUACUGAAAGGGGUAGUUAAAUGGCUUAAUAUGAUGUCCUGAUUUAAAUCCAUCCAGCAGUGGAGUACCACACAGAUGUUCACUCACUGCAGUCCACAGAUUCCCCCAGUAUGAUGGGAAAGAAAACUGAAAGAAAGGUCAUACCCAUGACCAUGGAUUGAUAUGGGACUAGUUUAAUAAUUUAAAUAAAUUAACUCAUAAUUAACAACAACAAAAGAGGAGUAAAACCCAAGAAAAAUGAGUGCUGCAUAAUACCCUUGCUUACCACCCACUGAUGGAUGUCCACCCCAUCCCAGAGCAGCGACCGGUCCCUCCUUGCCAACUCUUCCCAGUUUAUAUACUGGACAUGAUGUUCUGUAGUGUGGAAUAUCUCUUUGGUCAGUUCAGCUCAGCUGUCCUGGCCCUGCUUCUUGCACACCUUCUUGUUAGCAGAACAUGAGAAAAUAAAAAGUCCUUGGCUUGGACUAAGCACUGCUCAGUAUCUAAAGUAACUAAAACCAUUAGUGUAUUAUCAGUGUUAGUCUUUUCUAAAUCCAAAUGACAGUGUUGUACCAGCUAAUAGGAAGAAAAUCAACUCCCAGCUGAAAGCAGAAUAUGUUGUUAGUCAAAAUUAUGAAAUAUAGAAGAGGAAAACUUUAAUAUGGAAAAGGGUUUAGAACACCCUUCAUUACAGUUAAGGGAAUAUAUGUAUAAAUUCAAAUGCUCAAAUUUGUAAACUUAAUAUACACUAAAAUGUGGGAGAUGGAUGGUGGGUGCUGCUGCCUAAUAUCUGUUCCCGACAAACCUCUCCUGUAGAAAGGCAAGUUGGGUAAACAUUCAAGCAACACAGUCAGGUUCACACACCACACUCAUCGCAGCUGGCUCAGCGAGAGAAGCAAGAAAGGCUCUUUUGGCAAGGUUUUAUUCCAGAAAAGUCGUGAAACUGAAGGUAACCCAGCAAGAAAGAGGACAACCCCGUGGAGCAGGCAGCUUAAGAAAGGGAAGGGCUGGAGGGAGAAGCUAAGGGCUGGGCAGGGUGUGGCCACCAGGGGUAUCCAACCAAUGAAGGAACAGGGAAAGGAGAAACCAGGGGAAGUUUGUGUGAGUCUUGUCAUUGCCCCCCAGGAGAGCUACUCUAUGGUAGUCACUGGUGUCGCCAGGGCAGAGGGCUUGGGAAUUGGCUGAGAGGAGAGUUCAUGGGAUCGAUCCUACAAUAUACAUUCUUUCUGACCCUCCAGAACAUUUGGUAUUGGUGUUGGAAUGAUGUGCAAGUGUCUUCUCAAAUGAGCUGUAUUUCCAAAAUGUCUGAAUUUUGUAUGCCAAGUACAUAGUGCUGCAUACACAAAACUGGUCCAGAUGGAAUAUGAUGAUGACACCAAUGUUUCACACCACAGCCUUGAAUGUGUACUUUUAAAAGUUGAGUAUGACAAAAUGGGCAAAUAUAAUAAGUUGUUUGUUCAUUAACACAAGUGCUGCCUCUGAUUAUAUUAAUGUUUUUUUUUAAUUUGACUUGUGUUCUGUUUUAGCAUCUGCUGGAAAAUAAACUCCAAGAAGCCA